CUUCUGUGGACAGGGCGCUGGGGAUACCGACUUCGGUCCGGAGUUGCAAGCGGCGUGACCGGGCCUCGCGACAUCGGCCUCCCGGAUGGCGGACCUCGAGAAGGUCCCUAAGAGCCUCAUCAAGGCCACGACGAACGGAGACAGCCACGUCCUCUUCGAGGACCCCGACUUCCCGGCCAACCAGACGUCGGUGUUCUAUCACCAAACGCCCCCGUUCAAGUUCGCCUGGUUGAGGCCCAAGGAAAUCUCAUCUAGUCCACAGUUUGUAUCCGAUGGUCCCUCCCAGUUCGACAUCUCUCCAGGAAAACUGGGAGACCGCUGGUUCGUGUCCUGCCUCGGGGUCCUGGCCACGUGCCGAGGUCUCUUCUACCGGGUGGUUCCGGCCGACCAGGGCUUCGCGGACACAGACCACUAUGACGGCGCCUUCCGGUUUCGCCUGUGGUGGUGCGGCGACUGGAAGGAGGUCCUCAUCGACGACCGGCUGCCCACGGUCAACCAGAGACUCGUCUUCGUGCAGUCCGGACAGGGCAACGUCUUCUGGGCGGCGCUCCUCGAGAAGGCAUACGCCAAGUUGUACGGCUCGUACGAGGCACUCAAGUACGGCAGCAGCCUGGACGGACUAGCGGACCUGACCGGCGGCGUCACCGAGACCCUGAGCAUACGUCAGGACCCCAGCAGCUGCGCGCGCACCUUGGCGGGCUCCUUGCUGGCGCGGACAACCCUGGUCACUGCCCUGGUCCAGCAGCAGCACACGCAGUCGAGGACGUCGCCAGAGAAGAUGGCUAACGGAAUUUCACUAGGCACCAAUUACAGGAUAUUGUCUUUUCAGAAGGUGACCACUGCAGGAGGCGAACAGGUGCAGUUGCUGAAACUUCGAAACCCCGUCGGCGUCGGGUCGGACUACAUCGGCAGCUGGUCGCUCGAUUCUUUGGAAUGGGACAAGGUGCCGCCCGAAGAACAAGAAAGGCUCAACUACAAGAGCACGUCAGAGGGAGAGUUUUGGAUGUCGUACCAGGACUUCAUGAAGACCUUCACGUCCCUCGAAGUGGUCCACCUGGACAGCGAGACGAGUCGGGACGAAGUCACACUCAGGGAAAAGGUGCCAUGGCAGAUGAAAGUCUGGAAAGGAAACUGGCAACGAGGGGUCACGGCCGGAGGCUGUCGCAACCACACCGAUACGUUUCACAUAAAUCCUCAGUUCCAGCUGAUACUGUCUGAAAGUGAGGAAGUUGUCAUCUCUUUAAGUCAGGACGCAGUUAUCGAGCCAAAAGUCAUGGGAUUCACAAUCUACCAGAUGGCAAAACCGCCCAACGAAGCACUUGGGAAAGCAUUCUUCAAGAAAAACAAAUCCCUCCUCAGUUCCCAGUACAGCAACUGCAAACAAGUCUCCGUGAGGUGCGUGCUGGAGCAAGGAGGCUACGUACUUCUACCAACCACCUUCGAACUUGGUCAGGAGGCUGCAUUCACAUUACGGGUCUUCUCGGGGAAACCGACCAAGUUAAAGCUCAUAGACAGUGCACCCAGCACAGUCAAGCCUGCAAUCAUGAAGGCCACGCCAUCUUUCGACAGCAAGGUCAGCUCGUACGAGGCAGUUUUCCUUCAGGUCGCCGACGAGCAUUCCUCGGUGAAUUGUUUCGAACUGCAAGAGCUCCUCGAGGCCUGUUUGCCGAAUGAUUACGUCAAGAGCUGCGCAACCUUGGAGGUAUGCCGCCAGGUGGUGAUGGCGCUCGAUACGACUGGAGUCGGACGGUUGAGGUUCCAGGAGUACAAGAACUUCAUGUGCAGCCUCAAGUACUGGCAGGGCACCUUCAAAAAGCACACCAAGGGCACGUCGGGGAUUUUGAGAGCCGAGAAGCUACGCGAAGCUCUGAUCGACAUCGGUUUUCAGCUGAACACGGAGAUCCUUGCGAUGUUAAUGCUGAGGUACAUGAGGAAAGACGGUACCUUGAGAUUCGGCGAUUUCGUGUCCUGCAUUCUUCACCUCUCGGUUUCUUUCGCAACUUUCGAGAAAAAGGACCCAUUGCAGAAUGGCUUCAUCAAGAUGACCCUCUCUGAGUGGCUCAAGACAUCCCUGCAGUGCUAAUCGUGGAGCUGCUUCAAGUCAUCGUAAUUCCAGAAAGAGACAAGGCUUG